UCAGCGCCAGAAUUUGCGCCUGGCGUGCGCCCUUCACCCUGGCCCGCGACACAGAACAGAGCCCCCGAGGAAAUGGACAUUUGGCAGAGCUCCCCGCUCCCGCGACAUUUGGCAAAAAGGCGUGCAGGAGCUAAAUCUCCCCCUCCCCUCCCACCAAACCCUUGCUGCACUAUGUAGGAAUUUCUCGCAAUACUCGAAAUAUGGCCACCACCCACAUUCUGAAGCGCAACGACAUUGCCCCGACCGAGACCGAGCUCCUGGUCGACCGUGCCCUGCAGGAUCUCGAGGCCCACUCGCCCGAGCUCAAGAAGGACCUGCGCCCGAUCCAGAUCACAGCCGCCAAGGAGGUCGAGGUCUCGGCCGGCCGCAAGGCUAUCGUGAUCUUCGUCCCGGUGCCCCUGCUCAAGGCCACCCAGAAGGUCCAGCAGCGCGUGACCCGCGAGCUCGAGAAGAAGUUCUCGGACCGCCAGGUUCUGUUCAUUGCUCAGCGCCGCAUCGUGAAGAAGCCGGGCCGUGUUUCGCGUGCCAAGCAGCCGCGCCCCAUGUCGCGCACCCUUGCCGCUGUCAACGAGAAGAUCCUCGAUGACCUGGUCUACCCGACCGAGAUUGUCGGCAAGCGCACCCGCGUCAAGGUCGAUGGCUCCAAGGUCCUCAAGGUCUUCCUUGACUCGAAGGAUGCCACCAGCCUCGAGUACAAGCUGGACACCUUCUCGGCUGUCUACAAGCGUCUCACCGGCAAGGAUGUCGUCUUUGAGUUCCCCGCCGAGCAGGCCUUCUAAAGUUUGGGUCUUGAAAACCGUUCAGUAAAACAAAAUUUCCUUUGUGAGCUUGGACAUCUCUUUCUAUUCACCGAAAAGCAAAUGGACCACCCCCUCCCCCUCCGAUUCACUUUAUUGAACAUGCUUGCCCUCUUUGUGGAAAACAGGCAAAGUCUCGGCCAUACAUCCCUAUGUGUCGAGUGGAU